ACCCUGUUGCGACUUGCUUCGCGAUUUGUAAGAAGAAGAAAAAAAGAAACGAGAAAAAGAGAGAGAGGGAGGAGAAAGGAGGACAGAGAUGGACGAAUGAAGAGCAUCGCGGGAACAAAGAGAGGAAGAAAGACGAGGUGGACAGAGAGAGGCAGCGGGGCUCCGCGUAAUAUAAUUCAGUCGCGCGUGGAACGAGGGAAGCGGACGCAUCUAAUGCUGCCGCUAAAAUGGAUAAUGGAAGUGCGAUGGAAAUGCUGUAUAUCCGAGCUCUUACAUAUUAUCCGACAGAAUCUGAUUACGGCAUUCAUCCCGCUAGGAGAAUUCGACUAUCGACGCUUCUAUCAUCUAAUGCUGCGGAAGGAAGGAAGAUUUUUCAAAUCCACGUGGCGCGAUUUGAGGAAAAUAAAAUGA